GUUUACGGAAGACAAGAGGCGACCACCUGUGCUAAUUAGCUGCCGAACACCUGUGUGUACGUGUAACUCGGGAAGUGUAGUUUCGUCAGUUUGGUGGUAACUAUAGCUGUAUGGAUCUGUGCAGAGCUGCUACAAUGGACCUCUUCCACUGUCGUCUUUGCGUCUUUUUGUUCCUCCACUGCGUCUAGUGUCUGCAGCUCUGUGGCAAGUUGUUCAGCGGAGAGACAUAAUGGACUAUGGCUUGGUGGAGGAGUUUGUCACCACUGUGUUGGAGGUAGUUCCUGAUCUGAUGAGUUACAGAGAGCGAGUCCAACUCAUCAUGGGGCUGCGAGCACAGCUGGUUCUGGAGUUGUGUCAUACAGAUCAGCUAGCUGACCCCAAGACCAUCCAGCCACACCUGAACAGGAUGAGGACCUGUAUCAUCACUCUUAGGAAAAAUGAGACUCCUGAUCCAGAGGUGGAGGCAUCAAAAUCCAACUUCCUGAAGCUGAUUCAAAGCCUGCUGGAAGACCCAGUUAAGAGGGAACACUUCUUCCAGAACGUUUUUCUAGAGGAAUUCGGACCCAAGUAUGACUCCACACUGCAGAGUCUGGUGUGGGAGUUCCUGUCUAGGCUGGAGAAGCUGCUUCCAACACCAACCCUUCAUCAGACUGCAUCAUGGUUCCUACCUGACCACUCUGUUCUAGAGGAGUGCGUGCAGUCAGUGUGUCACCCUGAGUCAUUGAAGACCCUUCUCCAGUACCACAAGCCAUAUAGACAUCUGGACACCAAUGCUCUAUCUUCGGGUGACAACCACAUCCUCUCCUCGCUGUCGCUCCUAGAAACAGUUGAGAUCUUUGAAACAGAGAUCCAAUCAGAACCUAUGCAGGGGUUUAUGAACAUUCAAAGCUCUGCUUCAUCUGACAACGAGUUUGAAAUGAACAGACAUUUUCACCAACCUCAAACUGACAGUGGGCUGAAAAUCCAAGGAAACCAUCACAGCAGCCAACUGGAAGUGCAGGACAGUUCUAGUUUGUCUACUUCCUGUCUGUUCCUUCAGCCCACAGUGCUGCUGCACAGACUUGACAUUACUGAUAUGCUGUUACCUGUCUCCUCUCCGACAUUGAGGAUAAAGAGUGUACCUCAGUAUUCUUUGACGCCUGACCCAUCCUAUACAAUGGGGCAGUGUAACAGAAGCAAGCGUGUGAAAAUGUGCUCCUUAUGUGGGAAGACUUUUAUUGAAGCAGAAGAUUUGAUGGCACACAUGAGAUCUCACACUGAGCAGAGUCCUUACCAGUGUACCCAGUGUUUGCAAAGCUUUGAACAUCAGGAGGACUUACAGAAACAUCAACAGAUUGGGUGUGAGGUGGCACCUCAACCAGAUGCGGACAACAUGUCUACGGCAUCUUUUGAAGAGGAUAACAUGUCUACAACAUCUUUUGAGGAAGGGAUAGAGAUAUCCAAGCCCCAUGGCACUUCACCCCUGAGCCCAAUAACUUCCAAAGUUCGUCCCACUCCAAGACAGUCCUCCAAAUCCAGAACAUGUCACGUGUGUCACAAGACUUUCUAUACUGUAUAUUCAAUGAGAAAGCACCUGAUUUUCAAACAUGAUCAGCUCAUUUACCAGUGCCACGACUGUGGAGAACAUUUCAAGAGAAAGUUUAAUUUGAGGGAACAUAAGGCAGAGUGCCAUCCCACUCUGUCCUCCAAAGCCAGGACAUGCCGUUUGUGUAACAAGACUUUCGGCAGCCCAUAUUUAAUGAGAAAGCACCUCAAAUCCCAACAUGAUCAGCUCCCUUACCAGUGCCGUGAUUGUGAAGAAAAUUUUAAGAGGAAAUGUCAUUUGAAGGAACAUAAAAAAAAGUGCCCCACUAUGUUUUCCUGCCUCAGCUGUGGAGAAAAGUUUGAGGAAAGGUGUAAUUUGAAGGAGCAUAAAAAAGAGUGCUUGGUGGUGAAAAAGCUAUUCUCUUGCUCUCUCUGCAAGAAGACUUUCAUUGAAGCAAGGGGGUUGACAGCACACAUGAGAUCUCAUGAGAAAAGGUCUAAUUUGAAAGAGCAUAAAGCGUGCUUAGCUGCAAAGAGGCUUCACUCUUGCUCGAUGUGUAAUAAAGCAUUCAUUAAAGUACAAGAUUUGAAAGCACACUGGAGAUCUCACACUUACCAGUGCAUGCAGUGUUUGCAAAGCUUUGAACAUCAGGAGAACUUACAGAAACAUCUGCAGUAUGUGCGUGAGGAGGCAGCUCAACUAGAACAGGAUAACACAUUUAGACCAUCUUUUGAGGAGGAGAUAGAGACAUCCCAGCCCCACAACACUUCCAAUGUUCGUCGCAAUCAAAGAUACUCUUUCAGAGCCAGAACAUGCCGUCUGUGUCACAAGACUUUCAACAGUAUAGCUUUAAUGCGAACGCACCUGAAUUCCAAACAUGCUCAGCUCCCUUACCAAUGCCUCCACUGUGGAGAAAAUUUCAAGAAGAAGAUUAAUUUGAAAGAACAUAGGAAAGAGCGCCAUCCCACUCCAAGUCUCCAACCCAAGGAGUCCAUCAAAGCCAGAACAUGCCGCUUGUGUCACAAUACUUUUGACAGUACAUUUUUUAUGAGAAAGCACCUCAAAUCCCAACAUGGUCAGCUCCCUUACCAGUGCCUGGGCUGUGGAGAAAAUUUCAUAAAGAACUCUCAUUUGAGGGAGCAUAAAAAAGAGUGUUUUCAGAGACCACAGCAAGACUUGAGGGAGUCAAGUGAGGGAGUCGAUCCAAACCAGCACCCAAGGGAUGUUAAUGUUGCAGAUGGCAGCGGCUCUCUGGCAACAAGGGAGAUUGAGACAGAGAUUCCGCAGUCCCACAGCUCUUUAAACCUUAUAACCACCAAUACACCCUCCACUCAGAAACCCUAUCUUUGUGAAAUAUGUGGUAAGGAUUUCCUAAUGCUGUUUCGAAUGAAAGAACAUAUCAGAGCACACACAGGAGAGCGCCCUUUCCCUUGCAGAGACUGUGGCAAAGGUUUUAGCAGAAGGCGGAGUCUGAAGCGCCAUCGAUUGAUUCAUACAGAAGGUCGGCCAUUCCUUUGCACAGACUGUGGCAAACGUUUUACUACAGAGGGCAGUCUGAAAUCCCAUAGACAGAUUCAUACAGGAGAACGGCCAUUUGCAUGCACUUUAUGCAAGUUACGCUAUCUCACAAAAAAACACCUGCAAAGACAUAUGAAAAAACAUUGUUUUAAAACAAAAACAAAUUACACCGUGUGAUGCGCAAAGUUUUUUUUACAGUGAGUAGUUGGUUGAGUCCAGCUUUUGUGUGUACAUUUUCUUGUUUAAGUAACCCAGCCUGAGACCUGAAGACUUGGUUUCACAAGGUGAUGCGCAGGCUUAAGCUCAGCAGGUUAACACAGUCUUGUGGUGCACAGGAGACCUGGUCUCGAAUCCAGUAAGUUACACCAGCAACCUCUUCUCACCAUAUUUUUCUACUGAAUUUACUUUUAGUACUGCAAUGGAAAUUGACUUUUAUUUUGACUCAUUAUUAUGAUGAAUGUGUUGUUUUAGAUUGUAUUCCUUGUGGAGAAUUGAUUGGUGUUUAUCCUGUGCUUCAAGUCAAUUAAGCAUAUUCUGUGUGGUAUUAGUCAUGCCACAUGUAAUUUUCAGUGGUGUAAAGUACUUAAGUAAAAAUACUUUAAAGUACUACUUAAGUCGUUUUUUUGGGUAUCUAUAC